GGUGAUCUAUCAAAAAAGAUUGACGUCGAGACUCGAGGAGAAAUUUUGGAUUUGAAAAAUACUGUAAAUAGUAUGGUGGAUUAACUGAAUGUCUUUGCAUCCAAAGUAACUAGUGUGGCAAAGGAAGCAUGUACAGAGGGUAAGCUGGGUGGUCAAGCAACAAUUAUUGGUGUCGAUGGUACCUGGAAGAUUUGACAGACAAUGUGAACCUUAUGACCAGUAAUUUAACCGACCAGUUGCGUUCUAUUGUCGCUGUCUGUAAAGAUGUAGCACAAGGUGAUUUAUCCAAGAAGAUUGAAGUUGAGGUACAUGGCGAAAUUGCAGAGCUGAAAAAUACAACCAAUACCAUGGUAGACCAGUUAAGUUCUUUUGCUUCCGAGGUUACACGUGUUGCUAUGGAGGUCGGUACGGAAGGUAAGCUAGGUGUUCAAGCGCAAGUCAAGGAUAUUGAAGGGUUAUGGCGUGAUAUUACCAGCAAUGUUAAUACGAUGGCUUCUAAUUUAACAACGCAAGUACGUGCUUUUUCUCAAAUUUCUGCUGCUGCGACCGAAAAUGAUUUCUCAAAGCUUAUCACCGUGGAAGCAUCUGGUGAAAUGGAUUCUCUUAAAACCAAGAUUAAUCAAAUGUUCAGUUCCUUGCGUGAUGCUAUCCAUAAAAACAGACAGGCCAGAGAAGCCGCUGAGUUAGCGAACAGAUCAAAGAGUGAGUUUUUGGCUAAUAUGAGUCAUGAAAUUCGUACCCCCAAUGAAUGGUAUUAUCGUGUUAUUCCUGAUCAAUUGAUUGGUGAUCCACUUCGUUUGAGACAAGUUAUUACUAAUUUAAUCGGUAACUCUGUCAAAUUUACUACUGCUGGCGAAGUAACAUUGGAAACCAAGGUUGUUGGUAUUGAAGGCGAUGAUGUCGUUUUUAAGCUUUGUAUCCGUGAUACUGGUAUCGGUAUUCAAGAGGAUAAACUCAAUGUUAUUUUUGAUACUUCCUACCAGGCCGAUGGAUCUACUACUCGUGAAUAUGGUGGUACUGGCCUCGGAUUGUCUAUUUCCAAACAUUUAGUUCAAUUAAUGGGUGGUGAUCUCUGAGUUGAUUCUAAGUAUGGUUGCGGAUCACAGUUUUAUUUUACUCUUAAUUUCAAG